AUGGCGGACAACAAAGGCGCAGGGGAUAUGGAGAGUGCCGCCAACAUGGAUCCAGUACCGCAGCGACAGGAUAGCAUGGAAUGUUCGACGAAAGACUGCGACGCGGUGAUCGUCAUAGAACCGACGACGAAGGAGGAGGAGGACGGACAACCGCAGGGGAACUCGUCCCAGGUGCCGACACCCGCCGCCAGCGCAGGAGGAGGCGGCGGCAGCAACAGCAGCGGCGGCGGCGGCGGCGGCGGCGGUACUACAGGAGGAGGAGGAGGAGGAGCGGCGGCGGUGGACGGCAGCGCGAGUGCCAGCAGCAGCCCGACCGGGACCACGAGCGCCGAGAGCGGAGAGUCGCCCGCCGCCACCAUGACCUCCGGCUCCGCCGCAGCAGUGCCAGAGAGCGCCACUACGGCGGCCCCCGGCACGAGCUCCCCGGGCCGCGCAGCCGAGGUUUCCCCUCCGGCGCCCGUGCCGCUCAACCUGCUGGACACGUGCGCCGUGUGCAAGCAGAGCCUGCAGAGCCGCGACUGCGAGCCCAAGUUGCUGCCGUGUCUGCACUCGUUCUGCCUGCGCUGCCUCCCGCAGCCCGAGCGCCAGAUUAGUGUGCAGGUGCCCGCGCCGCACGGCCACGGCCAGGACACGCACAUCGUAAAUGUCAUGCGGUGCGCAGUGUGCCACCAGGACUACAAGCAGAGCGACCUGGUGGACAACUACUUUGUGAAGGACACGUCAGAGGCGUCGAGCAGCUCUGAUGAGAAGUCCACCCAGGUGUGCACUAGCUGCGAGGACAACGCUGGCGCCGUGGGCUUCUGCAUGGAAUGCGGCGAGUGGCUCUGCAAGACCUGCAUUGAGGCCCACCUGAGGGUGAAGUUCACCAAGGACCACAAGAUCCGCAAGAAGGAGGAGGUGUCUUCAGAGUCGGUGGGUGCUUCAGGGCAGCGGCUCGUUUUCUGCCCCAUCCACAAGCAGGAGCCACUGAAGCUGUUCUGUGAGACGUGUGACACACUCACCUGCCGGGACUGCCAGCUGCUGGAGCACAAGGAGCACAGGUACCAGUUCCUGGAGGAGGCCUUCCAGAACCAGAAAGGCAUCAUCGAGACCUUCAUGGCCAAACUGCAGGAAAAGAAGAACUAUGUACAGUUCUCUGCCUCACAGGUGCAGAGCAGGCUAAAGGAGGUGAACGAGACACACAAGAAGGUGGAGCAUGACAUCAAAAUCGCAGUCUUCACACUCAUCAAUGAAAUCAACAAGAAAGGCAAAUCUCUGCUGCAGCAGCUGGAGAGUGUGACUAAGGAGAGGAGCAUGAAGCUGCUGGCUCAGCAGAGGGACAUCAACAUCCUGGCCCAGCAGAUCCUGCAUGUGCUCAACUUCACCCACUGGGCCAUUAGCAAUGGCAGCAGCACUGCCCUGCUCUACAGCAAGCGCCUGAUCACUUACCAGUUGCGGUACAUCCUCAAGGCCCGACUGGACCCAGUCCCACAGGCCAACGGUGCUGUGCGCUUCUUCUGUGACCCCACAUUUUGGGCCAAAAAUGUGGUCAACCUCGGCAACCUGGUGAUCGAGAAGAUGCCCCCCUCGGUGCACCCUCCCAACGUCAUAGUGGGACAGGUCUCUCCAGGCCACGGCCACGGGCAUGGCGCCAAGCACCCGGGCCAGAUCAACCUCGCACAGUUGCGUCUGCAGCACAUGCAGCAAGCCGCCUUUGCACAGAAGCAACAGCAGCAGCAGCAGCAGCAACAUCAGCAGCAGCAGAUCCAGCAGCAGAUGCGCAUUGCUUCGCAGAUGUCACAGCAUGCCAGGCAGCCUGGCCCACAGAUGGUCCAGCAGCAGCCCCCCCGCCUCAUCAGCAUGCCUCCGCUGCAGAGGGGGGGAGUGAACGGCUCGUCGCACAUGUUUCCGUCGCACCCCUUGCGCAUGGGGCCGGGCCAGGGGAGGCUGCAGCCUGCGCAGCCAAGGCACAACGGCCAGCAGUACCCCAUGAUGCAGCCCCAGAUGCAGAGGCAGCACUCAAACCCGGGGCACGCGGGUCCCUUCCCAGUGGCGUCACUGCACAACGCGAGCGUGGCCAACCCCACGAGCCCCACCAGCGGCAGCAUGGCUAGUGCGCAUGCGCACCGUGGCCCAACAAGCCCGCUGGUGGGCACCAUCGAGCUCAUUCCCUCCGUCACCAACCCCGAGAACCUGCCCUGCCUGCCUGACAUCCCUCCAAUACAGCUGGAAGACGCCGGUUCGAGCACCCUUGACAACCUGUUGAGCCGUUACAUCUCCGCCAGCACACACCCCCCACUUGGUCCUGCUGCCAACAUGAACCCUUCUCCUGGACCCUCCACACACUCACCUGGCUCUUCAGGUCUGUCCAACUCCCACACACCAGUUCGACCGUCCAGCACAUCGAGCACUGGCAGCAGGGGCAGCUGCGGCUCUGCCGGGCGGGUGGGCCAAGUAGCUGCGGCCGUGGAGCAGGUGAAGGUGAAGCAGGAACCAGGAAUGGAGGAGGACUGUGGCUUUCCUGGGGCUGCGGUCAAGGUGGAGCGCAGCAAGGAUGGAGGGAGGAGUGCCUGCAUGAUGAGUAGCCCUGAGAGCAGUCUGACGCCCCCCCUGCCAGUGCUUGGGGCAGUGUCCUCGGGCUCUGUGCAGGAUGUGCUCAAGACACUUGGAGAGCAUGUGAAAACUGAGCCCCGGGAUGAGGAUGAAGGUGGGACCUGUAGCAGGGCCGGAGGGGAGGCCGCCACGCAAACAAAGACCUCAACGCCUGCGGCGCCUGAAACCCCCACGGAGCCUGCUGUUCAAACCCCCACACAGCCUUUGACCAACGGGGACGCAGUGUUGGAGGACGCCCAGGAGACUGGCUCCGGCACACACUUCAGUUCCCCACUCGGUGGCAGCGGGGCGCAAGGGAACAGCCAUGGGGCCACGCCAGGGAAGGAUGAUGACCCCAAUGAGGACUGGUGUGCCGUGUGCCAGAACGGCGGCGAGUUGCUGUGCUGCGACCGCUGCCCCAAGGUCUUCCACAUCACGUGCCACAUCCCGACGCUGAACUGCUCCCCCAGCGGUGAGUGGAUGUGCACGUUCUGCCGGAACAUCACCAAACCGGAAAUGGAGUACAACUGUGACGAUCAGCAGACAAGCGACAAGGACAAAACUGAGCAGGGGCUGACCCCCGAGGACCAGAGGAGGUGUGAGCGCCUUCUGCUCUACAUCUUCUGCCAUGACCUGAGUGUCGAGUUCCAGGACCCUGUGCCUGCCUCUGUUCCCAACUACUACAAGAUCAUCAAGCAGCCGAUGGACCUGAACACGGUGAAACGGAAGCUGCGGCUGUGCCACCCCCAGCACUACAAAAGCCCCCAGGAGUUUGUGUGUGACGUGCGCCUGGUCUUCAGCAAUUGUGCCAAGUACAAUGAGAUGUCUCGAAUAAUCCAAGUUUAUGAUGAGGAGAAACAGAUUAAUGUUCAGGCGGAUUCCGAGGUGGCUGAGGCCGGCAAGGCAGUGAGCCUGUACUUCGAGGAGAGGCUGAAGGAGUUGUACCCCGAUCAGAGCUUCCCGUUGCUGACGGAUGAGGAGCCGCGUGGCGCCGAUGAGGAUGAGGAUGUCACGGAGGACUCUGAAGACGACGUCGUCCAGCCCAAGCGCAAGCGGUUGAAAGUGGAAGAAAAGCCGAUGCACAUAAAGUGAUGGGCGAUGAUGCAAACCAGAGACUCUCUCCUUUUACAGGCUGCUCUGAGCGCCCAAGGAGCUUCAGCAGCGCAUCUGUGUUGUUCCGUGUUCCUGCCCCUAUCUAGCGCUGCGGUGAACGAAGAUUUGUCAGUUGGAGCGUCACGUGUGCUGCGCAUGGCCUUGCAAUGGCACAGUGGUGCGAGAGGGACCCUAUGGCCACUCCACAGCAAACCGCUUGUACAGAUUUGAAAAGCUAUGUUUUUGCCUAGUUAAGUUAAUGUUUUUUUUUUUUUUAUCAGUUACAAUGUUUGUAAAUCUGUUGUGAACUAUGCUUUAUAAAAGAUCUGAAACUCAUCUUCCAGUUCCUCUAUGUUCUGUAAAGUUUAACAUGGGUGAGCUGCACGAUAUGUCUGUGCGCGCGUCCAUCUCCUCCUGUAUCAACCAUGGGCAGAGGAGCAGGGCCGGUU